AGCUGCGCAGUCUGAGGGCUGCCCAGCAGAAAAUCAGGGGUGCAGAGAGGAACACUUGGCACUAAGGGCCCCCACCAUGACUCUGGGCUUGGAACAAGCGGAGGAACAGCGGCUGUACCAGCAGACGCUCCUGCAGGAUGGGCUCAAGGACAUGCUGGACCACGGCAAGUUCCUGGACUGUGUGGUGCGGGCAGGAGAGCGCGAGUUCCCGUGCCACCGCCUGGUGCUGGCCGCCUGCAGCCCUUACUUCCGGGCACGCUUCCUGGCUGAACCAGAGACCGCUGGCGAACUGCGCCUGGAGGAUGUGUCCCCAGACGUGGUGGCCCAGGUGUUGAACUACCUGUACACGUCAGAGAUCGCGCUGGAUGAGGCAAGCGUGCAGGAUCUGUUCGCCGCAGCGCACCGCUUCCAGAUCCCGUCCAUCUUCACCAUCUGUGUGUCCUUCCUGCAGAAGCGCCUGUGCCUAGCCAACUGCCUGGCCGUCUUCCGUCUCGGCCUACUACUCGACUGUGCCCGCCUGGCGGUGGCUGCCCGCGACUUCAUCUGCUCGCGCUUCACGCUGGUGGCGCGCGACGCCGAUUUCCUUGGGCUUUCGGCCGAUGAGCUCAUAGCCAUCAUUUCCAGCGAUGGCCUCAAUGUGGAGAAGGAGGAGGCGGUGUUCGAGGCGGUGAUGCGGUGGGCUGGCAGCGGUGACGCCGAGGCGCAAGCAGAGCGCCAGCGCGCGCUGCCCACGGUUUUCGAGAGCGUGCGCUGCCGCCUGCUGCCUCGCGCCUUCUUGGAGAGCCGCGUGGAGCGCCACCCUCUCGUGCGUGCCCAGCCGGAGUUGCUUCGCAAGGUACAGAUGGUGAAGGAUGCACACGAAGGCCGCAUCACCAUGCUGCGCAAGAAGAAGAAAGACAAGGGGAAGGAGACUGCUGGGACCAAGGAGGCUGACAAGGGCUCAAAUGAAGCCAAGACAGGGGAGGAUGAAGAGGAUGAACGUGUCCUGCCUGGGAUUCUCAAUGACACACUCCGCUUUGGCAUGUUCCUGCAGGACCUCAUUUUCAUGAUCAGUGAGGAGGGUGCAGUGGCCUAUGAUCCAGCAGCCAACGAGUGCUACUGUGCCUCUCUCUCCACCCAGAUCCCCAAGAAUCAUGUCAGCUUGGUCACCAAGGAGAACCAGGUCUUUGUGGCUGGGGGCCUCUUCUACAACGAGGACAACAAAGAGGACCCCAUGAGUGCUUACUUCCUGCAGUUUGACCACCUGGACUCGGAGUGGCUGGGCAUGCCGCCGCUGCCGUCUCCGCGCUGCCUCUUUGGUCUGGGAGAGGCUCUUAACUCCAUCUACGUGGUCGGCGGCCGAGAGCUCAAGGAUGGGGAGAGCAGCCUGGACUCGGUCCUGUGCUACGACCGGCUGUCCUUCAAAUGGGGCGAAUCGGACCCUCUGCCAUACGCAGUGUAUGGCCACGCUGUUCUCUCCCAUAUGGACCUCGUCUACGUCAUUGGUGGCAAAGGCAGCGACAGGAAGUGCCUCAACAAGAUGUGCGUCUAUGACCCCAAGAAAUUCGAGUGGAAGGAACUGGCACCCAUGCAGACUGCCCGCUCGCUCUUUGGGGCCACCGUCCAUGAUGGCCGCAUUUUUGUGGCAGCGGGGGUCACCGACACAGGACUGACCAGUUCCGCAGAGGUGUACAACAUCGCAGAUGACAAGUGGGCACCCUUCGAGGCCUUUCCACAGGAGCGCAGCUCACUCAGCCUGAUUAGCCUGGUGGGCACCCUCUAUGCCAUUGGUGGCUUCGCCACACUGGAGACUGAGUCCGGAGAAUUGGUCCCCACAGAGCUCAACGACAUUUGGAGAUAUAACGAGGAGGAGAAGAAGUGGGAGGGCGUCCUGCGGGAGAUCGCCUACGCAGCCGGCGCCACCUUCCUGCCUGUGCGGCUCAACGUGCUGCGCCUGACUAAGAUGUGACCAGCCUAGAGGGACCUAACUAAGAACCCCUCCCAUCCCACAGCCCUCACAGUCCUGACCUUGUGGGGUUCUAGGGAGGAGGCUGGGAGAGGCAAGAGCCCACCUGGAUCCGGUUAUGGUGCCCGAGGGGCUGCUUCAGCCAGAGAAGGGCUGUUGCUGCCCAGUGUUAGCCUUUCAGGCAGGGAGGAGAAACUCAGGGCCCCUCCAGGGUUAUCAUAUUUAUCCUGGGUCCUCCUGGCUCAUAAGCCAUUAUCACAGGGGAGUAUCCAAGGCUGUGUCCUGGCCAUGCCCCCAGUCUGGCCAUGUGUGCAGGUAAAGUUUCCCACAAGACACGGUCCACUUGCCCAUCUGAUGGGAGUGUCCCCAUCAAGUGCAGCUUGCAGUGUGGGUACGUCUCCUUCUUCAAGAAGAAUAAAAUACCUUCUAAGCGAGUAGUUCAGGGUCUGAAAUCAGGUUCUCCAAGAGUCAAUAAUCAGGUGGUUUGAAAUUUCGGGCCUUAAUAUUCUGCUUUUGGGUUGUCAAGGUGGGAGGUCUUCCCCUCAUGUGCUGUCCCUUUCACACUGUGUGGGACCCCCUCCUGGAGACCUGGAAACUCCAGCUCUUCAGCCAGGAUGGACAAGGAGCCAGGAGAUUGCUGGGAACAAGGGGAAGGGAACAGCCCAACUGUGGUAGAAAAGUCUUUUAUUCUGUCAAUGAGGCCCUGUCUGGCCCCGCCUGGGCCUGGGACCCAGGAGCACCCUCCCACCUACUCUAGCUUCUCUUUGUCCUGCCUCUGCUCCUCCUCCAGUGCCAGGGUUCGCUCACGUUCCUUCACCAGCUGGACACCACAGUAGGUGACAAACAGGAUGGCCAGCGUGGUCUGGGGGAACCCUGUUGGGGAAGGAGUCAUCAGUGCCUACAGCAGCCCAUCCGCAAUGACUUUUCUCUUCCCAUCCCUCUCCCCAUUGGAUGGCCCUCUUUGCCCAGUCCCUGGGGUAUUGGGGUAUGGAAGGAGCAUUUUAGAAGGUCACAGUCCUUGAGGUUGAUGUAUCCCAAACCCAUCUCUCACCUGUAAGUAGCAGACGUCGGGCGACCAGUUCUGUGAACUCGAAGCUGUUCAGGCUCACAAGGUUGUACAUGAUGAUGGCCCAGAAGUUUAUGGCCCCACAAAGAGCCCGGACCCUACGGGACAUCUGCUCUGACAGACGGGCCUGCCCAGUUCAGGAGAGCGAUGGCAGCAAGGUGAGAGGCCCAAAGGAAAGAGGACAUGGUUAGUCAAUGGCCUGGCCUACAGGGCCACUUGUCCUGGGGAUAUUCACGGGUGUCUGGGAAUCCCAGGCCAAUUCUUCGUCAUUAUUAAACACGGGGAAACUGAGUCCUGGGGAGAGGAUAAGAACUGGCAAACAAGGCCAGGCCUUCGUGUAUUGGGCCUGAUCCACAGAAGGAAGAAAGGGACAGAUUCCCACAGGACAAGCCAUUGCCCUGACAAUCUGGAAGGCGGUGGUGAGAAAGUUCUAGGCUGGAGAUCAAGUGUGUCUGGACGCCUCCAGAAAACAGCAGUACCACCCUGUCCUGCGGGCAACCCUACCAAUCUCAGCCCAUCCCAGUCCCAGACCUCCCCUGCUUACCUCAACUUGUGCAAGAGGCCCGUGCUCUGCCAGCUUCUGUACCCAGAGCUCAAAGUUGAGGCCAAAGCAGUUAAGGAAUGACCACAAGUAGACAAUGUCACAAGGCCCAAGCCACAGAGUGGUGAUGGCAAAUGUGGCCACUGAGGCCACCAGCUCUGGGAUCACUGCAGAGUGUUCCCCACCAAGGUGGUCAUACACAUAUCUACAGAAAAGAUGAAAGCAGAGGCCCGUGGGAGGGUGGGAAAGGACAGAUGUGAGGCCAGCAGAGGAUGCACAACAGGGGCAGCCCUCUUCCUGCUAUCACCCUGAGGACAAGACAAUGUUUUGAACUUAGGUGACUGCUUUUCCUCUGCCCAAAUCCAAAUUGCACAGGGCUCAGCCUUGGACUUUGUAUCUUCUCUAGCUGUGUUCAUUCACUCCUCCAAAGAUCUCAUUCAGACUCAAGACUUUGAACACUGCUUGUUUAGCCCAGUCUCUCUUUGAUUUGUGUCUCCAAUUGCUUCUAGACAUCUCACUUGAAUGACUGAUUCCCCCGUCUCUGCCCAAACCAGCUCCAUCCCCAUCUCCAUCAUCCCUUCAGUUGCUAUAAGCCCUGGUACCAUUUUGCAUUCUCAGUUUCCCUCUUCACUCACAUCCAAACCAGCAAAUUCUAUUGACUCCGGUCAGUCCUGACCACUGCUCACAGCUUCUACCCUCCUCCCACUCGAGUCCAGGUGGACUAGACCACUUAAUGACCUUCCUACUUUGGCCUUUGUCCGCCAUCCCCCAGCCCCUUCUUCACACAGCAGCCAGAGGCUUAGCUCAGAUCACAUCAUUUCCAUGGUUAAACCAUGCCCCCAUGACUUCCGGGAAUUCCAUCACCCUCCUCCACCCCACACAUCUCCUUAUCACUCAAGUCAAAUACCUCCUCACAGAAGGCCGCCCAGACCCCAGCUAAAGAAGCUUCUACCCUGUAACCAAAUUUUAUCCCCUUACACUUACCACUCUCUAAAAUUAUCUUAUUGAUGUUUGUUUGCCUGUUUAUGGUUUACCUGUUUUUCUCCCCCACUAGACUGUAAGCUCCCUGAUUUCAGGGUCUUUGCCAUAUUCACUGCUUGUAUCCCCAGUGCCUAGAACAGUGCUUGGCACACAGUAGGUGCUCAAUAAAUAUUUGUUAAAUAAAUUCA